UUUGGUGGCCAAGCGUAUAGCGACGUCAGCCACACUCGGGUCCUUUGCAGGGCAUUGGAUGGCAUUGAGUGCGCAGGACAUCGGACUUUUCUGCGUGGGAACAAGCCGUGCAUAAAGUACACUGGACACUACUUCAUUACCACUCUCCUCUACUCCUUUUUCUUGGGCUGCUUUGGGGUGGACCACUUCUGCCUAGGCCAUACAGGUACAGCUGUGGGGAAGCUGCUGACUCUUGGAGGACUUGGCAUCUGGUGGUUUGUGGACCUGAUUCUUUUAAUUACUGGGGGACUCAUGCCGAGCGAUGGGAGCAACUGGUGCACCAUUUACUGAAAAGCUGUCAUUUGGCCGGACUUAAUCCCGAGAGGAGAAGCGGGGCGAGCCUGGCCUAUGUGACGUCCUGCUUGAGGUCAGAUCCAUGGCGACCAGAGAGACUGUGAUGGUGUAUUUAUUUUUCCAUGGAACUAGGAUGGGAUUUGACAGAAAAGAGGCAAACCGUUAAAUUCUGCAGGAUAUACCUCAUUGUUUAAAGUUCUCCUCCU